AUGAACGCCUUCGAUCUGAAAUCCCUGCGACCUCCGCACGUCCGAUCAUUGAUCGCCGCGCUGGACUUGGCCGGCGAUCGUAGGAUAUCUUUGGCUGUCGGGCCACCAUUGCGUCGCCAUCAUUUCCGGUCGUGUCCAGAGCUGAGAUUUCAGUCGCCCAUGUACGGAGGAGUGAAUACCGUCCCUCCGGCACCAGAGGAAAUCCUGCAGAAACCAGCACGGUCUGAACGCCACAAAUACAUUUGGAAAAGAUCAAGACGAUUCAUUUGGAAGGGUCUGGUGAACGCGGCUCGCAGAAUUUUUUUCUGUCGUCAGAGCUGUUUGAUGGACAUGGAAUAA